AUGGAAGGUCUCAAGGGCGUCUUGCAUACCAAUUCCUUCGACCGACAGUCGUCGCUCGGCGGGUCGCUGCAACAUUCGGAGCGUAGUGACACUCACACGGAUUCGAGGAUGCUGCGCAAACAGGGAUCCUUGUCGAACACGCUGGUGCAGCGGUACGACCUCAGCUCGCUGACCAAGGAUCAGCUGCUCGUGCUCAUGUGCUUCUCAAACGCCAUCAUGUCACAAAGCCUCCCCGUCAAGUGCAUACUCAUGACUCUCAAGGCACUGAAGACGAACCUAGGCGCAGAACUCGUGGAGAUGUGCUACCCGGACAAGGAAUCUGGCGAAUGGGUAGGGCACAGCGUCGGCAAGGACGGGGUGCUGCACAAAAAAAGCAUACGCACGCCGGAGAGCGGAGCUUACUAUCACGCCUUCACAAGCGGAACUCACGUCUGCAUUGACAGCUGCGCUGACAACCCCAUAUACGACAGGCAAUUCGAUCAACACACCGAUAUCGAACUGCGAAAUCUGCUCGUGUGCCCGCUGGUAGACUCAAAAAAGUUAGUAUGGGGAGUGGCGGGAAUCGCAAACUGUCCCAAACUUGGGUUGGGCAGUACCAACUACCACAUGCAAUACAGCAUAUCUACACCAGUUUCCGAGCUCGUUAGCGACGGGAGGCAGAACUCGGAGUCCAAUGCUGCAGCCUCAUCGCUCUCCGCCAAUUCCAUCAGCACACAAAACUCCCUCUCGGUGUCAAACAGCACGUCGCACGAUGAUAUGCGCGCCUUAUCCGACGUUUCUUCAAUGUCUAAGGAAGAGCAAGGGGACCAUGUGGGUGUAGACGGUCUCCAGAGCGCCAACGUGGUCGAUGGUGUCGAUGCGCUCUGGGAUGACAGCACGAUCACGUUCGCUCUGCAAGUGUGUGACAUCGGAGGGCAGUGCAUAUCCAACGCUAUCGGUUGGAGGCAACUGGACGCCACUAGAGAUAAGGCUAACGGGCUUCUCACUCUCAUGCACUCGCUGUUUGCUGACCGGUUGGGCAUACAAUCCUGCGUCGUGGCGCUGACGACACAUGCCAGGAAACUCAUACAGGCGGAGCGCUGCACGGUCUACAUUGUAGACAGGUCGCACGAUCAGCUUUGGUCGAUUUCAUCCGACGAUGGGUCGCAGGUUAUCGUGCCACUUAGCCGGGGCUGCGCAAGCGAGUGCGUCACGAGCGGAGAUGUUAUAGUCAUUGAAAACGCCUUUGAGGACGAACGCUUCAAACCUGAAUUCGACUCUCGCGAUGGAGUUGAAAUAAGGAACGUUGCGUGGGUGCCCAUCAAGAGUGGCGACUGUAACCGCGUGUUAGCAGUGAUAGAGGUCAUAAACAAACAAGCCGAUGAGCUUCUGCAUUUCGGGGAAGACGACCUCAGGCUUCUAGAAAUUUUUUCAGCAAUUGUUGGACCGCAGCUUGAGAAGUCCGACUUCGCCGUCUCGGUUUCGAAACCUGCGGAAACCGAGGCUGGUCUUGCAUUCAAGACACACCCGCAGUCUAUGGUAUGCGCCUCGCGCCAGCACAUACCAGAGCCCUGCAUUCCCGAAACCGAGGAAGAGUAA